AUGCAAAUCUUCGUCAAGACCCUUACUGGAAAGACUAUUACCCUCGAGGUCGAGUCAUCUGACACUAUUGACAAUGUCAAAUCCAAGAUCCAAGACAAGGAAGGUAUCCCACCUGAUCAACAGAGAUUGAUCUUUGCCGGCAAACAAUUGGAAGACGGUCGAACCCUCUCAGACUAUAACAUCCAAAAAGAAUCUACCCUUCACUUGGUCUUGAGACUCAGAGGUGGUAUGCAGAUCUUUGUCAAGACUCUCACAGGAAAAACCAUCACCCUUGAAGUCGAGUCUUCCGACACCAUCGAUAAUGUUAAAUCGAAGAUUCAAGACAAAGAAGGUAUCCCUCCUGACCAACAACGACUCAUCUUUGCCGGAAAGCAACUUGAAGACGGUCGAACCCUUUCUGAUUACAACAUUCAAAAGGAAUCUACUCUUCAUUUGGUCUUGAGACUUAGAGGUGGUAUGCAAAUCUUCGUCAAGACCCUCACCGGUAAAACUAUCACACUUGAAGUCGAAUCAUCCGACACUAUUGACAACGUAAAGAGCAAAAUUCAGGACAAAGAAGGUAUCCCACCUGAUCAACAACGACUCAUUUUCGCCGGUAAGCAACUCGAAGAUGGUCGAACACUUUCCGACUACAACAUUCAAAAAGAAUCCACUCUUCAUUUGGUAUUGAGACUCAGAGGUGGUAUGCAGAUCUUUGUCAAGACUUUGACUGGUAAAACGAUCACUCUCGAAGUAGAAUCUUCCGAUACCAUCGAUAAUGUCAAGUCAAAGAUCCAAGACAAAGAGGGUAUUCCCCCAGACCAACAACGAUUGAUCUUCGCCGGUAAACAACUCGAGGAUGGGCGAACUCUGUCUGAUUACAACAUUCAAAAAGAGUCUACCCUCCAUUUGGUACUCAGAUUGAGAGGUGGUAUGCAAAUCUUUGUCAAAACCCUCACUGGUAAAACAAUCACUCUUGAAGUAGAAUCUUCCGACACUAUCGACAAUGUUAAAUCCAAGAUUCAAGACAAGGAAGGUAUCCCUCCAGACCAACAACGGUUGAUCUUCGCCGGUAAACAGCUCGAGGACGGAAGGACUUUGAGCGACUACAAUAUUCAAAAAGAAUCAACCUUGCACUUGGUCCUUCGUCUCCGUGGUGGGCAAUAG